UAUAGUGAGAUACUAGACCGUUACUUACAAGGAAAACUUCAUUCGGUUGAGGGCGGGCUAUGGUUUGUUUCUGCUUUUUAGUGGAUCAGAAGAGGACGAUGAGGCGGAGCAAACCGGUGGCGGGGACCUGUUCGCGGUGCCGCUGCGGCGCGAGCGUGGCCGACAUGAGGACGGCGACGAGGUUUUGCUUCGUCCCGAUUUAUUGGAAGUCUUGGAAAGCUAUUGUGUGUACUUUCUGUGGAGCCGUUCUUAAGUCUUACAGAUAGAAAGUUAGGCCAGGCCCAGGCACUUUUUGCUAUAAUCUCCAUUUCCGUUUCUCUUUCUCAAAAUUUCUCUGCAUCCAUAUUUGUAUACAUCGUGUAUAUUAUGUCACAUAAUACAUACAGUAUAUUCAGGUUUUGGGGAUUUUGGAAGAAUCUUUGUUGACAUGGAAUCCAUGAUGAAUUGGGGGGAAGGUAUCUGCCUACAGAUUUUUUA